UGGCUUUCAGACACAGAAACCUUGCGGCACCGGUCAUCCUCAGCACUCAUUCACUCUGCUCUGAUCAGCAUGAAUAUGAUCUGGCUCUGCACAACGUGGUUGCUGUCUCUUACUUCAGUCAUCUCUGGUCAAAACAUUGACAUGAGCCGCAUCAGAGUUUUCCCAGGACAAAAUCAAAGCAUUGCUGGAGUUUUCCAUGUCAGCUACAUGAACGAUCUCAAUCAGCCUCAGUAUGCUUACAAUGCCUCUGAAGCUCGCAAGCUCUGCUUGUCUCUUGGUGUGAUGAUCGCCUCAAAAUCAGAAGUGCUGACAGCUCUCUCCAGAGGGUUAGAAACAUGCAGGUUUGGGUGGAUUGAUGAGCACUUUGCAGUCAUUCCUCGCAUUAAGGCUCUUUCUAACUGUGGCCAGAACCAGAAAGGCUUGGUGCCAUGGAGGGCAUCUGUUACCACAAAGUUUGAUGUGUUUUGCUUUAAUGAAACUGAUGCAGCCAUACAAUUGAAGGAUACAACAACUGAUAGCUCUGCGAAGCACACUCAGUCUCCCUCCACUCAAACCUCUCCGACCUCCUCCACCUCUCCGACCUCCUCCCUCACCCCUGAACUCUCAGACAAUCAGGCCAAACCAGCUCAGAUUGCCAGCAGGGUACAAGGCUCCUCUGGAGGAAAGGCCAUUCUCAUCAUCACAACUUGUGCCCUUCUCCUUAUUGCAAUAAUAAUCUUCGCUUACUUGACACUGCAUCGGUCUGACAUAAAGCUACAGCAUCAGGAAGAAUAUGUCGAGACAGAAGAGUGGACAUGUGUGAAGGUUAUACAAGAUACACAGACUGCAACUCAGGAGGAUGAAAGCACAGAAGAGGACGAUAAUUCAAGCUAAACAUUCUCCCAUGGACGCGUACUGAUCAAUAAUUGUUUUAAGGAAGCAGGGGUCUGUUGUGUCCCAUUUCUGUAUGACAGUAAUGUAACAUAAGGUUGUAAAUCACUUUUAUUUUUUGUAUGUUACAUGUGUUUGAUAGUAUUUUUAGUUACAUGAUGCAGUUUGGCCACUAGAUGGCACUGUGUGCAAUACAUUCUUUUAAAGGACUGAUGACCUCUACUGAUACUGUUCAAUGCUUUGUUUUUAAUGUAAAUAAUGUUUUCUACAGUAAUUUAAAAGCUAUUAAAAGGCACAUGUCAUUAUGA